AUGCAGAGGGAUGAAGCAAUAGCAGGUGGUUUGAGAAUUAUUGAAGGUGAUGUUGUGAAGUGGUCAUUGAGAAGUUGCGGAAGAUUGGUGCAAGAGGAAACCAUGGAUUGGAGGUCGGAGUUGAUAAAGGUUCAGAGAAACAGCCUAAUUUCAUCUUCUGUUUUCCGGAUGCCUAGUGAACUGGUUCCGCUUAUCAAUUUAUGCAGGCAUGGAUUUCAUGGGACAGAGGUGCAGACUGACUUGGUGUUUUUCCGGUCUUAUUGCCUUGGUGACGCAGGGUCGUUUGAACUUUGGCUAAUUGAGAUUUGCUUCCUUAAUGAUGCAGGCUAUAAAGAGUUGAAGAACGACAAAGGGCUUAAAGAAUUAACUUGGAUAAGAAGCAUAGUAUCAGGUUAA